AUGACAUGGUGCCGUUACGCAAGCGGCUGCGCUCGAAGCUGUGUGGUGAAGCCAGCGGUUGUGAUCGAGGCAGGACCAUCGCGAACUGCAACAAUGAGUGGAGCUAGCGAGGGACCCUCCUCGAAACCCCAAGGAUUUUUGGAGGCUCUACGUGUCGUGUCUUGCGAACGACUUGUAAGCUUGUACUCGCCUGGGUCCCACAGCGCGUUUCUACCUUCGCCGGUCGACCGUGACGCCAUAUUCGAGCAACCGUCGAUACCACUGAUACCUCAGCGAUCCUCUAGCCGCGAGCAUCUCAGGAACCGGGACAGAAAGUUGUCAAUAAUACUGUUGUUGACCUAUAAUUGGUUUAUGGACAGUGGAAAUGUGAAAGACAUUCUGUCCAGUUUUGAGAAACAAGUGCAAACAAUGGGAAUGACCUUUUCAUGCCGCAGAGAUGUAUCCGUGGAAUAUGGGAACGGUUGGAUUGCGGAGGUGUGA